GCCGAACGUUACAAGAGCAGCCGAAGUAACUUCGUGUCCAGCCGAAUGGCAAAGCGACAGCUAAGGCUUUGAUUCAAAAUCCAUGAAGCUCUGUUCAAGUCGAAGAACGCUGCCGAGCGGUUGGUUCCCGCUAUCGCUGUCGCUGUCGCUGUUACGUUGUUGCGUUGCCGUUGUUCCCGUUGUCGCUGAGUGUGUGUGUGCGUUUCAAAGGAGUUGUGCAUCCGAUAACAAGGAUUCACCGUUAUUUUGUGUAGUGCAAAAAGUAAAGAAUUGCCCAAAACAGUGGUCAUCAAUGCCUAGAUCACAACUCAUCGAGCUGCCCUCGCUCGAAAAAUCAAAAAUCAUCCCCCGAGGUUCGCUCGUAACGCAAACAAAAACGAAACCGAAAACGACGAAAAAACGCGAUGCGAAUUAAAGCUUUGCGUGGCAAAAUGCGCUAACCGAAGCAACAAAACAAACCAACCAUCCAAAAAAAAAUAUUAUAUAUAUAUAUAUAAAUAUAUAUGUAUAAGUAUACGUAAGAAGCAGCACGUGAAGAAAGAAAAAUCCCGCAAAAUUACGUAGAAAAAUAAUAAUAAUAAUAGAAAAAAAGCGAAAAAGGAAAUACGAAUUUCGUUGGCCGAAAAAUAAAAACGAUUAUCAUCGAGACGAGUGUGUGUGUGUGUGUGCGAGUGUGCUUGUUUGCCAGUGAGCGAGUGCCUAUGUGUUGGUGUGCUGGGAGGCUAGCCCUAUAAAUAACAUUUGGGUCUGGCCAAGCGCUAAUUACGGCAAAACAUGAAAAUCUUUGCGAAAAGCGCACCAACAACAAGUGUAGUCAAGGCGGCAAUUAAUCAAUUUUCCGCUUGACCCAUAAGGAAGUUUCCAUAUCAUAAUUAAAAGAGAAACCCCGAAUAAACGAAAAACGAAGGAUACAAUCGCACGAAAGUAAGAGUUUAAAGGUCAACCCAACGAAACAUAUCCUUGAGUUAUACAAAAAUUAUUCCAAAAUCCGAUGUUCAAUGGAUUUCCAUAUCAACUUAAAACACAAAAAACAUCAAUUAAAUUAAAUCAGAAGCUGCGCUUCGAAAAUUAAAGACAGCAAAUUGGAAAUAAGAUAUAAAAAUCAAAAAAAGUUAAAAUAAAACCCAUGUGAUUAUUAAAAUAAACCCUUCAUAUCAUAAACAGAAUAACUAAUGAUAUUACUAAUCACAAACAAACACUGGGCUUCAGCCUAGAACGCUCAAAACUAGAAGACUUCGACGAGAAAAAGCCAGGAAAAUGCAUAUCAGGGAAGUGGCUUUCCUGGUCCUCAGCCUGCUGCCUGGAAUCAUUCUGGGCAAUCGCUAUAAUCAGCUGCAUCUGUAUGCAAAUGGAGGAGCUGGCAGUUCCUCCUCAUCAUCCAGCCCAGGGAGUUAUAGACCAGCUCCUUCCUCCCAAAACGAGGUCUACUCCAUAGCAGACAGUCAGCCAAUGACGGAGGAUGGCUAUAUCCAUGCCAAUCAGCACUUUCCACCCGCCCACUCCGACUUGGAUCCUCCUGCCCAGCAGCAGAGCACCUGUCAGACGGUCUGCGCCUGCAAGUGGAAGGGUGGCAAGCAGACGGUUGAGUGCAUCGAUCGACAUCUCAUCCAGAUACCCGAGCACAUUGAUCCCAAUACCCAAGUGCUGGACAUGUCCGGAAAUAAGCUGCAGACCCUGUCCAACGAGCAGUUCAUACGUGCCAAUCUGUUGAACCUGCAAAAGCUAUAUCUGAGGAACUGCAAGAUUGGCGAGAUCGAGAGAGAGACUUUUAAGGGUCUAACAAAUCUCGUAGAGUUGGAUCUAUCACAUAAUCUCCUAGUAACUGUACCCAGUUUGGCCUUGAGCUAUAUCUCCUCGCUAAGAGAACUCACUCUGGCCUCGAAUCACAUACACAAAAUCGAAAGCCAGGCCUUUGGUAAUACCCCUGCGCUGCAUAAAUUGGAUCUCUCCCAUUGUGAUAUCCAAACCAUUUCCGCCCAAGCCUUUGGUGGCCUACAAGGACUAACCCAUCUUAGGUUGAAUGGGAAUAAGUUGAGUGAGCUCCAGCCCAAGACCAUUGAGACCUUGAGUCGUCUUCAUGGCAUCGAACUGCAUGACAAUCCCUGGCUCUGCGACUGCCGUUUGAGGGACACAAAACUCUGGCUGAUGAAAAUGAAUAUCCCGUAUCCAGUGGCUCCCAUCUGUGCUGGUGGUCCUGAAAGGAUCAUUGAUCGCAGCUUUGCAGAUCUUCAUGUGGAUGAGUUUGCCUGCCGACCUGAGAUGUUGCCCAUUUCCCACUAUGUCGAGGCUGCGAUGGGGGAAAAUGCCUCGAUCACCUGUCGGGCGAGAUCUGUUCCAGCGGCAAAUAUCAAUUGGUACUGGAAUGGACGACUUCUGGCCAACAACUCUGCCUUUACCGCCUACCAAAGGAUACACAUGUUCGAGCAGGUCGAGGGAGGAUUCGAGAAGAGAUCGAAACUGGUGCUGACCAAUGCCCAGGAGACGGAUUCCAGUGAGUUCUACUGCGUGGCCGAGAAUCGAGCUGGAAUGGCCGAGGCCAACUUCACCCUGCACGUGAGCAUGAGAGCUGCAGGAAUGGCAUCCCUGGGAAGUGGACAGAUUGUUGGUCUAAGUGCUGCCCUGGUGGCCCUGAUUGUCUUCGCCCUUGGGGUUAUCAUGUGCCUGCUGCUAAGGGUCAAACGUCAGCCGUAUGUUGAUAGCAAGACCCCCAACCACAUGGAGGUGAUAACAUCGGUCAACCAUCAGAAUUCCAUAACGAACAAGACUCAGCCAGCUACGGGAAAUGGCAGCAUAGGAGGGGUGGUCAUCGCCAAUGGAGCUGUGGCUAAUAUAAUCGACGGGGGAGUAGUGCAAGGAGGAACUCUGGAAAGGAAGAGCAGCGGACGAGGAGUAUCCCAUGGUGGUCACGAUCAGAGGAGUGCUAAUCCCGUACAGAAACCACCGAGAUUGACAGAUCUUCCGUACUCCAACCAAGGUUAUGAUAAUGGCGGAAGUGUCCUCUCCACUGCCUCCUGCUUCAUAUCGCCCACUGGAUCCACUGGAAAUGGUGGCAAUAAUCCGGAUCUGAUCAAUGACACCAAGCGUUUUGGAAGCGAUGAGUUUGCUGACCUGAAGAUACCACCAAUCAGUGGUGUUGGAGUGGGCGGCAGUGGGGAGUAUAGCCGUGCCAAUGGCUGUGACUCCCUGUAUCCAUCGGGUCUGUGGGAACACGGUGCCCCAGUGGGCGCCACAUCCGCGGAUGAUCUCUUCAUGAAGCGCUACACGGACAAAACGCCCAUCAUAGACUCCACGCAGCUGUAUGACUUGCACGAGCGAACAGCGGCCACGGAUUAUUUUAGCAAAACCUUUCCCAGAUCUCACCUACAGCAGGGGAUGACGGGAGGUGGUGGUGUUGGCGGAGGAACGUCUACGGCAUCGACAGUUACCACCAAUUUGUCGGGUGGCUCCUCAUCGGGUUACCCCAACGAUUAUGGUCUGCCCCUAGUGCCGGGAGCAGAACACCAGCAUAACCACCAGCUGCAGAUGCAUCCACUGCAGCAGCUCCAGCAGCAGCUGACCUCCACACUGAACCACCAGAAGCAGGAGGGCAGCUCCACCGGUAGUAGUCCGCACUUCAGUAGCCGCACACUGCCACGCCUGCACGAUGGGAGUGGCGGUGGCGGCAGUUCCCGGUCCUCGCCAACGCCAGCGGUUAAUCAUGCAAACCAGGCGAAUCCCAGCACCUCCUCCAGUUCCUGCUCCAUCCUGCCCAACGGGCAGCCAAUCAACGCCAAGACGAUACGGGUGUGGCAAAAGGGCGGCGUGCCCGUCCUGCCACCGGUUACGGCCCUGAAAAGGGCCCUGAUCAGCAGCAGCCGCAAUUCGCCGGACGAGGGCUAUCAGGAAGGAUGCGGCACGGAUGUGUAAGCGACGCGCUCCGAGGGAUAGGAAGGAAACCAAACCAAGAACUGACUAAACUUAACACAACAAAUAAGAUGUUGGGAGGGGGGAAACAUGGUAGCUCUUUUUUAGGUAUACAAAAUAAUAACACUCAUAGAUAGCUCCGGGGUCCUAGGCGAGCAGCGAUUAUUGUGCAAGCGAACUGUUUGUGAUAGUGUCUGACAAAAAAGAUAAUGCGAAUGAAGAUAAUAAUUGCCCAAAGCAAAGAGAAAGCUAAAACGAAAUCAACUGCACUACACUAAAGUAUACUCUCCUUGGCAAGUAACUCAACUAAAACUAAAACUAAACCUAAAACUAAUACUAAAUGUAAACGUAAACUAAAUAUUAAAUAGGAUAUGUACAGCAGAAACUUUCUUUGAAUAACAUGGCAAACUCUCAACUCCCCGCAUAAAGUAAAAAAAAUAACCCAAAAAACAUAUAUAUAUAUAUAUAUAUGGAAAAGCAAACCAUGUGAAUGUAACUAAAUCUAUGAAUAUAUAUUUAUAUAUAUAUCUAUGUGACUAUGUGUGUGCAUGUGUGUGUGUAAUUUCUUCGUUGUUCGGUUAGCAAAAAGUAAAAAAAGUUAAAAAAGAAGGUACCCAAAAACCAAUAAACCUUUCCUCCAAGAGUUAUAAUCAUAAAUCAGACACGAAAAACCGAACUUGUGGCUCAACAUUUGUAAAAUAUACAUUCACAUAAAUAGUAUGCAUACGUAUGGCAAAGGCUGCAGAAGAAGUUAAAUAAAUCAUGGUAAAUGUAUAUAUUAGCUAACCCAUAGACAAAGGAAAACCCAUUCUUGAUCCGACUAUUGUUAAAAACCCAGUCUAUGUCCCGUUAGAAGCUGUGAAAUAGCAUAAAAACCAAGGAAGGCUCUAAGUCUGACUUAGUGGAUGGCAGUAAAGUUAUUCAUUCUCGAUAAUUAUCCUUAUUCUGGCAUAAUAACUUGUUAAAAAGUUUUCCUAUUCAAAUAUUAUAUCUAUUUCUAUAAUUUUUAAAAAUAUUUCAGUUGUAAUUUAAACACUAAAUAAACAAUCCUUCAACCUUCCAUCUUUAGUCUUUAAUAUUUUUCACUAGCGCCAGAAAAUAUGCAAUGUAAAUUCUAAAUAUUCUAUGAGAAAUUCCACUUCAAACUUGUAUACUGAUUUGUUUUCAAUAUUUUUUACCAUAACUAUCAAAAAACUGAGACAAUUGUUAAAUAAAACACAUUUCCCUGUGCACUUAUUCAGAUUUACAAACAAUUUAUAAGCUGAUAGAAACAGGUUCUGAAUGAAUUCUGCAGAGAAUGACUGUUGACCCCAUUCCGUCAUGCAAAUAUGUUCUCUUAAUGAAAUUAGGACGGUUUACCCAAAAAUUUCCUCAAUCCAAUUUGAUUUACUGCUAUCCAUAAAAUGAUAUAAAAUUGCAAAGUUUUUGUAAAUUUCCUAAUAAAUCUAGAAGAAGGCAAGCUGUUGAGAGGCGAAGAGGAAAUUUAACAAAAUAAAAUCUGUCGGCAGUUGAAAGGCAAACAUAAAAAACCAAUCGGAGAAAAAUUCAAAAGUAAACGCAGAGGCAAAAUAUUCCUCAAAUGCAUACGUAAAUAAACAUAUGUAAAUUGUACUCAAAGUGCACACACACACUCACACACGCAAAUAAGAACACACAUGAAAAGACACAUCACACAGACUCACACACACACACACAUGUACAUUUAGAUAUAUGUCAGUUUGUCCUUGUAACGAUUUAAAGCGUAUCCACAAGAUAUUAAUUGCCCGUAUGUGCUAAGACUUAGAAUUUAAGAGGAAAACAAAAACAGAAACAGAAAAAACAUAAAAAACGAAAAGGAAAGGCAAACAAAAUAAUAUUUUUAAGGUAAACCAAAGACUUUUUUCUUUGCAUCUAAAUGAGCGCUAGAGUCUUCAAAGGACUCGCAACAACAAGCAGUAGGCACACAGAUACACACACACACAAACACAUAUACAAAACACAUAGACACACACACAAAGUAAUCUUAAACGAGAAAAAAGAGCAAGAAAAAACCAUACCAUUUAAGUUGAAAUUAUGUAUUAUGUAUUGUAUAAUAUAAACCUACGUAUAGUAUAUAGUCUAUAGAUGUGUACACUUAUCAACAGAGCGGCAUAGCUAACAGGAGAGAGAGAAAGAAGGGGAAAGAGGGUAUUGGAGGGAUGGGCAGAGAAGAAAGUCGAGUGGGAAGAAGAGGGAAGAUAGCCCGCAGACAAAAGGCGGGCAUUGAAUGCAUGAAAGCAACUGAAUGAACAACAAAGCAAAAAGGAAAUAUAUAUAACAUUAUAUAUAUCUAUA